AUGGGCGUUUUGGCCGUUUUCUGUGCGGCUUUUCUGCUCGCCCAAAGCGCCGCCUACGCUCCUUUGCCCUGCAAGGUGAGGGUACAGGGAAGACGGGAUUUUUUGUGGUUUUCGGCUGUAUUUUAUGAAUGGAAGAGGUUUGGGAAAGUAGUGAUGAUUUGGAAAUGGAUUUUUGAAUGGUUCUUGUGAAGUUUUGGAAGUUUUUCACUUUGAGAUGAAAAAAAAAUCACUUUUUUGUCCGAUUUUUUUUGAUUGGAAUGCUCCGGGAAGGUCUUUAGUGAUUGAAAAUCAAUUUUUGAGUGGAAAGUUUCUGAAUUGGCUUUGUCAGAUCUAUGAAGUAUUGAUUUUUUUACAAAAAAAUCUACGGAAUCUACAGCAAAACAUAGUGUUUAUUGAACAUUAGGAAGUUCGAUAAUAUUUUAAAAAAUAAUUUUCGACUUAGUUUCAAUAAAAGUGCCGUUAUCCAUUUUUUUUUAUGGUCUGAAGUUUCAAAGUGCGGCAUUUACAGUCCAUUUACGGAGCGUUUUUUUGAGUUUUUUUUUUUUUUUUAAAGUUCUCUGAAAAAAAUCAUUAUUUGGCGUAAAGUAACUUUUAGAAAAGUCUCUCUGUUUUCAUUACAUCAAAUUAGUAAAAAUUAGUUUCACAAAAAAAUGCGAUAACUUUCAAAUUGGCGCCAAAAACGCGUCGCGACCGCGUUGUAAAGUAAAUCUCAAGGAUGUAUGUGAAUCCUGUUCAAAAAAGAGUAAAAUUGUUUGAGUACUGUGUUUAAUAGGAAAUUACGUAACAAAACAGCGAAACGAAUUUGCAUCACUAAAGGGGUUUUUUCCGGACUUUUGUAAGCAUCCAACUUUUCUCACAACUUCUUAGGCGACUUUUGAGAAAUAAUUUGCGAUCAGCGGGAAAAAUAUCAUCCAGAGAAAUUAGUCUCAUUCAGAAGUCUUACUGUAAGCUUGGAUCAAUCCCUAAUGAGAAUUGAUUCAUUUUUGGCUGUUCUCUUGUUUUUUCUUCCUUGGAAGUUUCUUAUUGCUUCAUCAUAUUGUUUCAUGUUCAGAGACACAGUGGAGGGAUCCCACUGCCUCUGGGAGUUUUCACGGUGAAGGAUGGCCGGUUUCCGGACGUCAUGCCGGCGAUCAACGUCGCCGCCCGACACAUCCACGAAAGGUCUUGUCUCUUGCUCGGUUACAAGAUCGAGUUGAUCGUCAAGGACACCCAGGUUCUUCUUUUUUCAAAGCAGAAAUUUCAGCUUUAAUCUUGUCAAAUUUCACUCCACAGUCAAUUUUUUACGUUUUAUUCCGAUUUCUCGUAAUUCUUCCAAAAGACUUGUAGGACUUGCCAUUGAAACUCAAAAAGCAAAGUUGAACCUUUAAGAAAUUUUGAAAUGCUCCUUUUAGGGUUUGUUGGUUUAGGGACCACUAUAGUGGCAGUUUUGAGGAUCCUAUUGAAGUAAAAGUUCAAGUGGUCCCUGUAGUGUCCAGUACUUGAAAGCUCCCAAUAAGCAGAGCGUAUGGGUUCCUAGUACGCUCCCUAUAGGGCCACUUCACACUCCAGGGAAAAAGGGCGUUUUUUUUUUACUGUUUUCAUCGCUUUUCUGGUGUAAAAUUUUUGAAGCUUACUUUUUUUCCAAGCUUUAUAAGGGCGAAUGUUUUUUAAAUGUGGUUUUUGAAUUUUACUCUACACCAAAGACACAAUAGGUCCCGAAAAACCUCCAAAAGCGCACCUCUAAACUCGAUUUCAUGCCUAAUUUUUCACAACUUCCUAACAAGGCUUUUUAAAGAAACUGUGAAGCUUAUCAUUAAAAUUGAAAAAGAUAUUUUUCUUCCAUAUUUUGAUCCAGUGACCGAAAAACUGUCUGAAAACGAUUUUGGAGAAAAUUUGUAAAAAAUAUUUUUUUUUGGAAGUCAGCGUGAGCAUAUAACAGAGGGUAACCUAUUUAGAAAAAAAAUGGUUUUCGAAAUUUUUUUAAUUUUUUUCUUUAAGGAGCUUUUUGAAAUGAAGAGAUCACCAUUAAGAUUAAAAAGGGGAAGCUAAUAAGUCAAUAAUCAAUCAAUCAAUAAUCAAUCAAUCAAUCAAUCGGUUUUUGAACUUUCUUCUUUAAUCUGUUACUUUUUAUUGAAAUAGUCAAAAGACCUUGAACUUUUUGUACUUAGUCUUGAAAGGACUCCGAAGAAAAUUUAAAACAAAAAUAAUCUCAUCUUUUUUUGCUAUACCUAACUGAGGGAAAAAGCUGUUUUCUUUGGAAAAAAAAAGUUUCUUUUUCUCGGAUUUUAUUGCUUUUUUUGUCGGAAUCUUAAUGUGAAAAAAGGUGAAAAUUCAAAAAAAGCGUUCGGCCCAAUUUUUUUGUUGAUAUUGAAACUGGAAGGAUGCGGCGGCGUUGAGAGCAAAUUGGGCCCUAAUCAAAUCGCCGGCAUCUCAAUCGAAUUUGAUCCAACGUGUCUUGGUGCCUCGAAUUUUUCUUCCUUUUUUCCAUCCUUCACUUCAUUUUUUGUCGUGAAGAAGGAAAACGCUGUCAACAAUUAAAGAAAAACUUGGAUUGGAGGGGAAAUUAAUGGAAAAAAAAAAUCCGCCUGGGAGUAGGAGAGGAAAAAGUGAGAAAAAAGUUGGAAGGUUUUGUUGAGGAUUUUGUAGUUAUGAGUUGAAAAAAUGCUCUGUGAUUGCAAAAGAUAUACUGCUAUAACCUCGAACGAAGUCGGAAUGGUGGAUAAUGGCCGCCAAAAGGAAGAGGUUCGAAAAAGGUUGCGAAAAGGCUCAAAAAAGGCGGAAAAAAGGGUCCCUUUGUCGAGCCUUCCACUUUUUCUGGGAUUUAAAGGCUCAAGAAAUGGUUGAAAAGGGAGAGGCAGCAAAAAUGGUGCAUAAUAGCCGAUGAAAUGGCGCAAAAAGGCAGCAAAAAACGAGACUUCCUACCUUAAAAGGGACAUUUCGAUCGACCCUUUUUUCCAGCCUUUCCGACUUUAUCUAUGACUAGAGUUCAAAGCAACAAUUGAACGAUUUUUCACCAAAAAUACCAUUUUUGAUCAUUUUUGAACUUAUAUUGUAAUUCCCAUGGCUCUUUGAUCUUACAGUUCAACACGACCAAAUUUUUUUCUGAGCCAUUCAAAAAAAAACCAAAAGACCAUUUUCCCUUUCGAACUACCGGAAAUAGCCAAAAUUAUGUGCGUUUAUUCGGCGCCCGAUUGGCUACGCCGCAAAAAAAAAAAAGAAAAAGACUUGCUCAACAAGAAAACAAAAGAAAUAAGUUGGUGGUCUCAUUACAUGCUCCGUUGGCAACACGAGAAACGGCUAAUUCAUUUGAUCCAACGAUAAAUCUUUUCCUUUUUUCCGUUGUCUUUGCAAGCUCGAUUGGGUUGUUGGGGGAGGAGAGAAGUUUGGAAAAAUGGAAAAAAAUGAUUAAGUAGGAUAUUUUGAAUAUAAAACAGGUGUUGUAAAGAUGCUGAUUGCAUAAAAAAUAGAAGUAAAUGCUUGAAAUAUAGCGUUUCCUGAGAUAUUGAACAGUUUUUUUUCUAAAAUAUUCAACAACAAAUGGCCAUCGAAUGGCUUUGGGACGGGUUUAAUAAUGAAAUCCCGAUAUUUUUAUCAUAAUCCGUCAAAAAAAAAAAACAAAGCAAAAAACGAUAGCGGCACAAAGAUUCGAACCUUCAUCACAGGCUACCGCGCUAGCCACUGCGCCACGCUUCUAGCUGCCACCCAAUGGCAUGUUGCGGCCAUAGAUUCCUUCCAAACGGUAUCACGCGUUAAAAAAAAUUUAAAGAAUCAUAUCUCCAAAACGAAAAGUUUGCGCAGAUAGCGACUAUGUAGGAUCGAUUCCCAGUCCAUCAAGUUAGAAAAUUUCAUACCCUACGCUAAAAUAAAAUGACCUUCCAUGUAAGUUGAAUAAUCAGUUAUAACCAAAAAAAUUUAUGAUAUAAAAAAAAUUCGAAAGGGAGCUCAGAAAACUUAUCAUGAUUAAACGGUCCUUGCUUCAUUUUUUAGAAUAUGUGAAGAAUUUUCAGUGCAAGACCUCAAUGGGCAUGAAGGCCCUAUUCGACUUGAUCGCGGCGAGACCAAGACCGGUGGCGAUUUUGGGCGGAGUCUGUACCCAGGUUAGCCCUGACGUCAUAUCGAAAAUGACGUCGUCCCUCAGGUGAACGAGCCGAUCGCGAUGGCGCUCAAAUACUGGCAAAUCGUUCAGUUGUCCUACGCCGAAACUCACGCUAAAUUCGCCUCGUCGGAUUCUCAAGAAGUCAUUUUUAACUCUCGCCAAAUAGCUUUUUUUUAGAUCAGAAAAAAAAAAUUUAGAUUGAAGACGGAAUUCCUAUGAAGGAUCUCUACGUGAAAAAGAAAAAUCACACAUUUUUAUAUUUCUUGAAAAAAAGUUUUUUAGUGGCCACUUUAGUAGUAGAGCACGUGUAGGUAGGUAUAAUUUACUCUCGAAAAUGUUAGUGGUCACUUAAGGGCCUUCAGUCUUUGAGAGAAUCUUUUAUAAAGUUUUAAAUUCACCAGUGACCACUAUAGUGGUAUAGAACGUGUAAGCAUGUAUUCGAGGCCCUCAAAAAUCUCAGUGACCCCUUAAGGGUUUUGCAAUCUUUGAGAGAAACUUUUUUUUAAACUUUAAAAUUGUUUAGUGACAUUAUAAUAACGUUUAGGUAGGUCUAUUGUUCUCUCAAAAAUUAUUAUUGGACACUUAAGGGAAUCUUGAUUUUAAAUUGUGUGAUAUAACACGUGUAGAUAGUAUCCUAAACAUUCAAAAAUUUUAGUGGCCUCUUAAGGGGCUGCCUAACUUUGAAAGAACUUUUUUUAAAGUUUGAAAUGGAUCAAUGAGCUUUGAAAGUGAUAUUUCUCUUUUUUUUUGCAUUUGGAAGUGAGAAAGUUUUUAAAGAGACCACUAUGUUUAUUAUCUCUAUAUUGGCUUCUUGAAAGUUUAAUUCAUUAUUAUUUUUUUAAGCUUCAAAAAUAACCGCGAUUCGGGUGACCACUAUAGGGGCAGCUACGAAGUCAAAUAGUGACCCCUUAAGGCUCCUCUUAUGAAACUUUUGAAACCCAUAGGGAUCACUAUAUUUUUUGUCAGAACUGCUUCAAAAAACCUACCCAUUCCUUGACCCAACAAAAGCCGUCGGGGCGCGAAAUUAUUCAUAACACGCGCGAAAAGCUUGAAGAAGCAGGAAAAGCCAAGCUGUUGCGAGUUUUUUCUUUCCUUUUUUUUCCUGGCCGGGCACGAAAAAUGAAAAGCCAUUAAAAUUCGAGUCGAGGAAAAAUGGGCUUGUCGCAGGCCGCUUAAUUGCCGCUAGCUUUUCCCCUCUUUUUUCAUAAGCUUACAUUUUUUAUGAGCUUUUCCGGUCAAGUCGUUUGGGAGGAAGUUGUUUUGGGGUUUUGAUUCUGUGUACUUGAUUUGAAAUUGAUCUGAAAAUUGAAAAAUUGAUGAAAAUGCAUGGGAAAAGUGUGUUAAAUUUCUUAUAAUUUCUUAUAAUUUUAAUUUUUUUCAUUGAAUGACAUUGUUGUCGCGAAAAAAAGGAUUUUUUUGAUAGAAUCAGUAAUUUGAAAAAGUUUUUCUUAAAAUUGUAAAAUUAUAAUGAAUUGUGGUUUUUAACAAUCGAAUCAGUAAAAAUAAAAAAAGUUCUAGAUCAAAAAUUUUAAGGUAUUUUUCAAAUUUUUAAAGGCUUGAAGAUCUUGAAAAACCCUUCGAAAAUUCUACAAGUCUAAAAUAUCAAUGUCAAUUCUAGAAAAAAAUUAAUUGGUCGGGAAUUUAUUUUAUAAGUUUCGUUGGAGAUAAGGCUACGGAAAAAAAUGGAAAAAAAUUGAACUUUUUUUAACGAAAAAAAUGGAUCAGUUUUUUUCAAUAGAAAAAAACCCAUGCUGUAGACGAUUUUGUCGGUUAAUUUUUAGUUAUUUAAGACUUUUUUUGAAGUCAUAAAAAAAUGAAAAACGCUUAUUUAAUUUUUUUGAAAUGAAUGUUUUUUUCGAAGUAAUCAUCAAAAAGUUCUAGAAACUGGAAUUUUUCAGCUAUUCCCGACGUUCUUCCGCGUCGUUCCCGGCAGUCGGAAUACGAACGCGGCAAAAUGUCAUCUGGUGAAAUAUAUGAACUGGACGAGGGUCGGCACCGUCAAGCAGAGCGAUCAUCCCCGAUUCGCCUUGGUAAUUUGGAAAAAGGGACGAAAUUGAUCUAGCUGUUAAGUUUGAAAAAACUGCGAUAGUCAUGGCCCGUUUUGAACCAUGACAGUUUUAAAAUGCGAAAUUUAUCAACGUAACUUACGAUACCGCGAGCGAUAUAGCCAAAACUCCUUUCAGCAACAUCUUCAGAGUCUCACUGCCAUUAAGCUCUUUCAUAUAAAUUUAAAAUGAAAAACAGAUUUUUUCUGCUCUGUUUUUAACUUUUUACGAUGAAAUCAAUCGAAUUGAAAGUGAUUAGAGUGUUACAGCGCAAGAAGAGUUUGCAGCGAGAGACAAGUGAUAUCGCGCGCGACACAGCAUUUUUCUUCUCGGUUUUUAACUUUUUACGAUGAAAUCAAUCAAAUGAGAGCGAUAUAGCCAAAGACGAGGUCACAGCGAGAUGGGAGCGAUAUCGCGUGCUACAUAGUGUAAAUAUAACUCCGACAUGAUCUAUAAUAUUGGGUGAAGAAAUUUGUGAAGAACAGUAUUCUCAUUACGACUAAAAGUGUUCCUGACGUUUUUUGUACUGAUUUUAUUACCUCAACUUCACCAAGCACUGGUCAGAUCACAAUGGGACCACUUUUUCGAAAAAAAACUUCUCUAGAGAAUUUCGCUGUUUUACUGAUCACGAUUUAGUGUAAAAAAAAGGCCAAGGAGGUCGGUGAAAAGAUAAUGAGGCUCAAAAAUCAAAAAAAAAAAAAUCAGCUUCUCCGAUUGAGAAUAUUCUUGGAUUGAUGAUAAGGCUAGGGGCUUACGAAAUGUGGAAAUUUGAAAAAAAGUUGAGCCAGGCGCCGGUUUUUUUAGAAGAUUCUCACAUGCGUAAGGCAUCCCAGCGUUUUUAAGUCUUGACCAAUUGAAAGAGAAAUUCUUUUUUCCAGCGGCUAUAAUUUCCUUCAUAGCCUUUUAGGGCCUUUUUUGAUACGCAGAUUCGAAAUGAGAAAAUUGCUCUUAAUGGACUUGGUCUUAUUUGAAAAUUGAUCUCUUUUCAAAAUAAAAGGAUGAAACCGGUAGUUUCAGCCCCAUGAAGCCCUGACGACACGUUUGGAGCAUGGAUUCGGCGUCAGAGUGGUCCACACGGCGGGCGUUAAUCGGGAGCAGAUCGAUAGUAUCGGAUCGCAGCUCGAUGAGCUCAAGGUACCAAAAAAAAAAUAAUCAAUAACUCAAAGGUGAAAAAUCAAUACGACCUUAAGCCUGAAAUUCAAUGUAUCCAAGUCUUUUUUUUUCAUUAAGGCGUUGGCUAUUUUUCGGAAAUAUUUUUUUCGAUUGACCGUAGCUUUCAAUUUCAACUGGAUAUGGUUUCUCCUGACUGUUUUUUAUGUUGGCUGAAGGUAAACCACCUUCUAGAGGCUGUUCUCAAAGAAAACCCUCCUAGUAGAUCCGAAUCGAGGAGACGAACUAAAACGAAGAGACGAAUCCUCCAGGGGCCUGUUUUGCCGCCUGCGACACUUUUGAGACAUACGACUUGCGUUUGAUGUGAAUUUCCUCGAGUUUCGGGCGGAAUUCCGAGGGAUUCCAGGGUUUUUGGAUGAUGUGCAACCGAAAUUUUUUUUGUUGGGUAGCCGUAGACUUUUUGGAAUCGGGAAAAUGAUUCUGUGAAUGGGACUACUAUCAUUUCUGGUUAAAAUGAGAAUGGAAAUUUUGGUUUAACGUGAAAGAAUAAUGUUCCAGGAACGUGACGUCAGAAUCCUUCUGAUGGACGCCGACAGCGAGAUGAGCGCUACAGUACUAUGUGCGGCCUACCAUCGAGGAAUGUACGGUGACAAUUACGUCUGGAUCCUGCCCGGAUACCAUUCUGAAGCGUUAGUAUGAAGUUAUCGAGUUUUGCGGCUUGGAAAACAGCUUGGAAUGGCUCAAAAUGUUGCGGUUUCAAGGUUUGAAAAUGGAGUUUAAGCUGAGAAAGGGGAUAUUAUUUUGAGCUUGGGAUUUUCUAAAAAUUGGCUUUUUUUGAUGUACUUUAGGAAGAUUUAGAGACCUACAACUUCUUAUUAUCUAGUUUGUGAAAAUAGGAUCUUGCUAAUAACUGGGAAAUACUCUAGUGACCCCUUAAGAAGCUGCUGAGGGACACUAAAGUGGCCACUAAAACAAACUUUAUAGACGCCACCAUUUGCGCCUUAAGGGCCACUAUAGCAGUUCCUUGUGGUCUAGUAAUAGAUUUUAGGCUUCUAAAGAGGCCACUUAAUUUUAGUCACUCAAGUGGCCACUUGAACCGCUACUAUAAUGGCCACUAAAACGCCAAAUCUCUUAUGUGGCAGUACUUGUUAGCUGCGCCUGACCCUGACCGUCUUCACAUCAUCUUAUGCUGUAGGAUACUCUCCCGCGAAAGUAGUUUCUGGUCGGUUGAAAAGCUCUGGAGAACCGUGAGGCGUUGAGUCAUUCUUCGCGGCCAUUUUUAAAGUGACCCAAUGAAAAAAAAGCCUUCAGUUGGAUGAGUGACGUCAACUGCACGAAGGAAGAGAUGGAUACAGUACUCCGGAACCAUUUCGCGGUGGGAUUCGCUCUAGCAAGAGCCGACAAGAAUACGAUUGUUGCCGGGCAUACGGUAGAUACUGUAGAAAUAUUUAUCAAGCGAGAAAUAUUUUCAGAAAGCGGUGGACAUCUUGAAAGAGCUGGACGAGAGCAACUUGGCGAACAUGUGGAAAGGUUUGUGAGGGUAUUGUAGAUAGGUUUACUGUAGAUAGGUGAGGGUACUAUAGAUAGACAAUAGAUAGGUUAGUAGAUUGAAAUUUUUUGAAGAAAAUCUGUUGAAUAAAACGGGAUUUAACCUUUUUUUGAAAAAUAAAAGUUGUGGAAAAGAGUGAAAAGGCUAUUUUUUGAGUAGGAAAAUGCGCUCCAUGGAUAAAAACUGGGAUUUAGGAGUUCUUCUAAUUUUUCGUUUUUCUCAAGUUGAAAAUGGAGCUGCUGGACUUUCUAGUGAAAAGAAGCGAGAGAGUAGCGUCGUCUUGGAGAGACGGCAGAGAAAGAGAAAAUUUGACUUCUCUGGACUCUCUUCAGCCUUGCACUGUUCUCUCGCUUCUUCGUCUUUUUUAUCCUCUGUUUUGGCUCCUCCUUCAAAUUCUUCGAUUUUCGAAUCUUUUCCUAAAUUUAGGGUAUCUUUAUGACGGGUUCUGGACCCUGGCCAUGGCCUUGAAUGAAGCGAUGAGCAGCGAGGCUGAAUUUUCACAUCAUCGAAUGAUCGCCGCCAUCAAUAAUGCCUCGUUUGAAGGUGUUACGGUAGCUUCAAAAUACCGUAUGGCUCAACUAUUACAGUUAUCUUUGAAGGGUACGGUAAAGUUUGUGAACAACGAACGGCUCGGCCUUGUUGAUGUCCUACAGUACCGCGAUGACUCCUACAAGUUCGUCGGACAGUACGAUGGCGUCAGGGAUUUGUUGCAGAUCCAUGCGUUGGAUGGUGAUUUUAUUUCUCUAUAUCGGAAAUUCGCGAAUGUGCGCUCUAUUGCUAACUGGAAGCUCUGGUGUUUAGAAUUGUAACAUGGUUUACUUCUUGUUCCGUUCGAGCUCUUUUUUUAAAAGUAAGAUUUGGGAAUGUGCGCUCUAUGGCUAAGUGUAAUAAUCUCAAAUGUUCAAGUGAAGUUUCAGGUUUUCUUCAGGCUUCUUUAUUAUGAUUAUUUGAUUUUUCCGUCUGAAUAAUAUGUUUGGGUUGAACAUUGAAAAGUCGAAAAUGUGCGCUCCAUGGCUAACGACAGAUUCCCAUCCCGUACCUUAUUAACGCGAACGGGACACGAAUCGGACGUUUCUAGUGACCACUUUAGUAGCCUCAAAACUCUUAAGUGAUCCCUAGAAUUGCCCAGAAACGUCCGGAGCACGUCCGUUUCGCGUUACCAAUGACCGAGCAUACAUUCGGGCGGAGUUUAUAGUCUAGUGGCCUCUUAAGCGGUCAUCGGGCCUCUUUAGUGUGACCCUGAAGAAGUCAGAGAGUCCUACAACAAAAAAAAAAGUUAGCUAACUCAAAAAAUAGACGAUCGAUAGGAAAAAGGACAUUUCCAGAGCCAAAGCUUCAAAGUUUCCGACAAAAGUUUCAAAAAGGAUCAUUUCUGUAAUUUUCAGAAAGUUUAUUAGUCAUGACUUGACAGAAUGGCUCAAUUAUAGACCUAAGAACCACCGAGAAAUUAUAAAAAAAUCAAUUCUAAAAAUAAGAUAAAUUUGAAUUUUUUUCUCGAAAUUUCCUGUGUUCAGUGAAAAAAAUUCGAGUAUUCCAGACUGGAAUCCGCCGUUGGACUCGACCGUAACCGAAAAACGCCGAGAAUACAUCUCGAGGAUGCUUUUGAUCGCCAUGUCCUUGCUGGCUCUUGUUGGAAUUUCCCUGGCCAUUAUAUUUUUAUUCAUCAAUUUCCGCUAUAGGAAUCAUAGGUGAGCGUGGGAUGAUGUCGAAAAUGAUUUUUUUUGAUCAUCAAAGUAGAAAUAAAAGUGAAACAUUGAAUUUUUUGAUUUUUUGGUUCGGAAACUCAAUGGAAAGCGGACUGAAUUUGAUGAAGCUGAAAAUAUUAUUCUGGCUUUGAUUAGAAUGAAAAAAAAACUCUCCUUUUACAGAAAAAUCUAGCAUAGUUUGUGAUAAGAAAUAGCUCAGUAGUAUCAGAAAAAUCAUUAAAAAGAAUAUUUAUCCCAGGUUCAUCAAAAUGUCAUCACCCAACUUGAACAAUAUCAUCAUUGCCGGAUCGAUUUGCACCUUCGCUUCGGUUAUUUUGUUAGGUACUUAUUGAUUUCAGAAAAGUAUUCAAAGUUAAAACUUUCCAGGACUCGACACGAGAGCCUUAUCACCGGACAAUUUUGUUAGGAUGUGCUAUGUGAGUUUGAUUAAAAAAAAAAUAUAAACGUGAAAAUUCCUUUUGAAACAGUUGAGAAAGGACUGAUUCUAAUGGUCAGGAUUUCUUGGAUUUUUUGAAAGUUUUGUGAAAAUUAUAUGAGAAGCGAGAGAGCAUGGGCGUUAGAAGAGACACCAGAGAAAGAGGGGAAUUUCAACUUCUCUGCCGUCUCUUGUAGCCUGAUCUCUCGCUUUUAUAGCACUUGAAAUGGCGGUCUCUUAGUCUCUAUUCGGAGCUCUCGUUUUAACGUGCUAUUUUCGUCUCUUUCUGACCUCACCGACGAGGGAACAGAGAGACGCAGACAGUCGGAAAGUCAGACUAGCUUUUCAAAAACAGCUCUGAAAAUAGAGACUGCGGUCGCCUGAAGAGACGCCAGAAAAGUUAGAGCGUCUCUCUCCUUCUCGCGUCUCUUCGGGAGCUUUGCUCUCUCACUUUACCAAAACUUUGAGAAUUUUUUCCAAAAGAAAAUCAGAAAUCAAAAAAAAAGAUUAGCAAAAGUCUUAAGAAAGGAGUAACCUCUACCAUUCUAAAAAGCAGUUUUUUUAAAAAUUUAUAGAUAAAAAAACUUGGACCCUCUGUCUGGGCUUCACAUUUGCAUUCGGGUCAAUGUUUUCGAAAACUUGGCGAGUCCACUCGAUUUUCACCAAUAUCCGAAUGGAUCGAAAGGCUAUCAAGGUGAUUCAAGCGUUUUUUCGAACCUCAUCUGAAUUUUGAAUUUUUAGGACUCAAAAUUGUUGAUGAUUCUGGGCGUUUUGCUGCUCCUGGACGUGGUUGUCCUGACAGCCUGGGCCAUUUUUUCGCCCUUUUCUUUUUCGGUCAUCGAACUUCCGCAUAUUGUGAGUGGAAAGAAAGCAAAGAUUCAUUUUAAAAGUCAAAAAAAAAAGGAAAGUUCAUUUCAAAGCGAAAAAAUGAGAAAAUUUUGAAAAUUAGGAAUAUGAGCGUUCAACGGCGGCAUGAAGAUUUGGGGUUUAUUUUUUUCGAAAAUUUGAGUUUUAUAAAAUAAAACGAGAGAUCAACGGCGGCUUGAAGAGACGCCAGAGAAGUGAGAGUUAUCUUUUUCUCUGGAGUCUCUCCAAGUUGCUCUAUCUCUCAGUUUUCCGGGGUAAAACUUUCAAGAUCUAUAGAUAGUAUUAUAAAACCGAUUUUCUCUUGAUUUUGUGGAAGUUCUGAAAUUGAAGGUUCAAUAAUCUUUCUUGUGGAGUUUUAGUUCAGCGGAAGCAAGCAUUUUCGAAAAGACCUUCUUUUUCUUUGAUUUCAUUGAUUUUCUUGACAUUUUUCUUUUUUCCAGCCAGCCGACAACAAAGUCAUCGUGCCUGAAGUCGAAAAAUGCCAUUCCAAUAAUUCUGUCGUCUUCCAGGCGAUUCUCUAUGUCAUCAAAGGGAUUUUGAUGGUGGGUUUGAUAAAAAUUAAAGAUAGAAAUGUUCUUGAGACAUUAGAUAAUGUUAAAACCUCUCCUUGGAAAGGCUUUUUAUCAAGAAAUUUGGAAUAAACACGGAAAAUUAUCUUUCCUUUUAAUAGUAAAACGUUCACCGAAAUUUGUUAAAUUGAUAAAAUAGGCCAAAAAACAUGAUUUUCAUGGCUCUUUCUAAACCAAAUCCUCACUUUCCCUUAAUAACCAUCCUUCAUUUUGUAUAAUGAGAGUUCGCCUGAUUUUCAUUCCAUUCAAGGCUCAUUUGGUACAAUAAAACAGUUUUUGAGAAAAAAAUUUUUUUAAGAACUUAUCUAUGAUAUUUUCAUCUUGUCAAAGCUCAUAAACUUGAUUUGUCUGUCGUGAAUUGGCCAUAAAUUUGGCCAAGUGGUUUUUUCUUCUUUACGGCUCGGUUAUCAUGCCAAAUUUGUUACAAACUGUACUUUUUCCCAAGUAUAUUUUGAUGAUACAGAUCCUCGGAUGUUUCCUCGCCUGGGAAACGCGUCACGUCAACGUCCCGGCCCUGAACGACAGCAAGUACAUCGGAAUGAGUGUCUACAAUGUCGUCGUGAUGAGCGUUCUUGGCCUCAGCACCAGCGUCAUCCUUCAGGUCGGUCGAGGGGAAGUUCGAGGAGGAAAAUGAAGAGUACAAGAAGAUUUUUUGAGUUGUAGUAUGGGCUUUUUGACUCUUUUUUUGAUCAUUUUAGACAGUUUUGUCAGCUUUUUUCUUUUUUUAUUUUGCUUUUCAAGUGGGUUUUCAGAGUUUUUUUCAAAAAUUGAGGACUCUAGAAGAGAUAAGGUUCAUUUAAAGAAUUUUUUCAGGGGCUGAAGGGUCUGUGAAAGAACUUUUGACCGCUUGAAGAGGAAAAAUUGAAUAUUUAGUGAUUGAGCUCCUGUAGAGAUAGCUUCUUCAUAUAGUUUUGAACUUUUAAAUUGUUUUACUAAGUUUGAAAGCCCGUAACUUCUUUCAAAGGCCUUAUGGACAGUUUUUGAGCUCAAACUUGGAAUCAGCGUGAAAAACUGAAAUUAGUUCGUGUGGAUAAUAUUUUUUGGGUCCUAGAGGCUCUGUGAAAAAUUUUUCCGUUUGAAGUUGACAAAGGAAGAUUUUGUGAGCUCCGGUAGAGACAGCUUCUUCAUAUAGUUUCCAACUUUUAAAUAUAAUUUUCCACUUUGAAAACCCAUAACUUCUUCAAAAGACCUCUUUGACAGUUUUCGAGCUCAAAUUUGAAAUCAGCGUAAAAAACUACACCUAAUAUCGAAAAUUAUUAAAAUUAUUCAAGAGAAAAAUAUUCCAGGAACGGGUCAAUGAAUCGUUCGCCCUAGCGUCGUUUUUCGUCAUUUUUUCGACCACACUGACACUUUGCCUGGUUUUUGUACCCAAGGUCUUGAAUUAUAUCCAUAUAUAGUCGAUGUGCCACAAGUUGAAAUUUCAUGGAACGACACUCCGCCGUUUCGAUUUGUGUUUUUACAUUAUUUGAAAUGAAAAAAGAAAUGUCGAUAAAGGCUCAAUGAAGGUUAAAUAACGGAAUAUAUUGAACAAAACCAAAGACCAUCUCAUGAAAAAAACUUUCAAAUGUUAUAAACGCAUUUUUCUCUUAAAAUUCGAAAAUUACGCUAUUUUAUUUUUAUCAAUGAAACAGUCUAUCCACUAGAAAAAAUAAUUAUGAGUUUGGCACGAAGAAAACUAUUAAAACAUAAUUAAAAUAAUGGAAAUUUCAAAUAAAAAGAAAAAAAUGGAAAGCGCGACCGAAAUUCGCAAAGGCAAGGCGCUUUCACGGCCACGGCCACCCAACGGAGUGUCGUUCCAUGAAAUUUCAAGUCGUGGCACAUCGACUAUAAUCGUGAUGAAUGCCCAUUUCUAGGUGAUAGAACUGGCACGGAAUCCAGUCGGAAAUGAGCCGAGAGCCUACCGACGAGGGUUCAUGAAAAGCGUCGUCGCCAAGACCUCACAGCCCAGUUCUCCAGCGCCCAACUCGUAUGUCGCCACUAGAAAAAAAUAAUUCGAAAAAAAAAAAAUAAAAGCUUUUCACGAAAGUUCAAAGUUAUAAUGGUUUACUUUUUAUUCAGCUUGAAGAAGCAAAUAAAUAAUCGAAAAUCGACAGUUUUCAGAAAAAUGAGCAAUAACUGCCGAUUAAGCACAGUGAACUUAUCAUAGAGGAUCAAAAAAAAUAAUGACUUAGUUUCUUUUUUUUUUGAAUAUUAAUUUUAGUCCUUACAAAGAUGCAAUUUCAAGAAAAAAACGUAGAAAAUUGAUAAAAAUAUGUUUUGAUUCAAAUAGUUUGAACAAUAUUUUUUUCUGCGUCUUAUCCAUACUUUCUCAAAGCGAAGGUAUAAUUUCAGGUCUCUAGAAUUUUGUGAAAAUUUUUUGGCUCCAGAAUUUCGUGAAAAAUGAGAGAGAUUCGACUCGAAAAAUUGAAAAAAAAAUGGGAAAAAAAUUGAAAAUUAUUUUUGAAGAAUGCUAUCAAAUUUUUUUGCUUUUUCGGUCAAUAAAUUUCAGUUGAAAAUGGUCCAUAUUUCGUUCAAAUCACCACUUGACUAAUUUCAAAAGAGUUCGGAAGAUAAAAAUCACAAUUUCGAUUUAUAGAGACAACGCCAGUGAUUUGCUGAGCAAGGCCGAAACGGAGAAUAAAGUUAGAAGGCGAUACCUUCAUCAGGUUAAUCAUGACCUUUAUCAAUUAAACAUUAAGUUUUUAAGAAAUCCGUCCAACUAUGGGACCUUGUCGAGAAGCUCCGCGCCAAGGGCGACACUCAAUUUUUACAGCAAGGUAUUUUUUCCAGCCUCGGUCGCAUUAAGAAGAUCUUCUCUCGAUACUUUGAAGCGCAAGUCGUUUUUGGUCGGGCGCUGAGCGAUGCGAAAUUUCCUCAAAUAUCACAGUUUAUUAGUCAUUUGUGCAUAAGUCGUUUAACAACAGAACAAGAGAAAAAAACAAUAAUGAUAUAGGAAAGGUACCCGUUGAGCGUCUUGAGGAAAAGGGGGUUCAGAUUAAAAAAAUUGGAGACAAUAAUAGAUGAAAAAAAUGGGAUGAUUAUCAAAUAUAUGGUGUUUGGAAGGGGAGGUAUCGAGCUGAUUUGAAGGCCGUAUUGGUCGAGGACCUGAAAUUUUGGGUUAUUUGAAGGCGCAUGGUUACAAAUAAUAAAAGGGUCUUGCCGCGAAAAGGGAGUUUCUCGCGUUUAUGGAAAGUUGAGUGCGUUUGGAGCUCCAAUUAUGAUGAAGAUUGUGAAUUUUCAAGCUUAUUAAUGAAAAUGUGCCCGAUUGGAUGGCCACGCCCCUUUUUCGGAGAAAUAACGAGCUUAUGAAGUUUUUUUUUUUUUGAAGAGUGUAUCGAUUUUUUUAAUUUUUUUGCGUUCAAAUAAUCACAAAAAUUCAGUUUUGGUCGAAAAAAAGUCAAGCUUUUUUAGAAGCCACUCGUAAAAAAAGCCUUUUUGGGUGAUUCUAAGAAAAAUUCAGAAAACAAAAUAAAUAUUCACCUUUUUUUAUUAUCGACGUUAUUGCAAAGGUCCGUCCGGCAACAGCAGAACUGUGAGUAGCGGAUUGAGUUGAUUUUGCUUUUCGCGUGGUUUUUUGAGAAUAUGCUCUGAAAUUUACGUUUUGUUAGCUUUAUUUUCAAUUUUCGAAGAAAAUUGGGAAGACAAAACCAUAAAAACAUAUUGUUAUGGCGAUUCAUAUGGAAUUAGGAAUGAAAUCAAAGAUUUUUUGAAGGUAAAAUAUACUCAGGAACUCCAGAGUGAUCCCUAUAGGGGAAGGCUUAAGGGCCCCGUGAGGGUCCCCCUUUAGGGACCACUUUAUGCGAAGAAAUAAGCGUUUUCAAACGAAGUUGAAAGAGCCCUAUAGGGAUCACUUAAGCUUUAGGGACUAGGGGGUCAGACCCUAAACCCCUAUGGGUACCACCUUGAUUUCACCCCUAUAGGGACCACUUCUUCGGCCCCUGUAGGGACCACUCUCCAGUGAGAUUUUUAGGCAAAGAGCCUUUUUUGGUGUUAAUUCAGAUCAUUUUGUCAUUGUACGAUUUAUGAGGGCGAUAAUAGUCUAAUAAGGGGAAAAAUCGAACCUGCAUUUUAUUAUCGAGCUGAGCCAAACUUGGACAAUUUUCAUCGAUUCCCCGGAACAAACAGUGUGUUUCGUGGACGCAGAACCUGUCGUAGUACUGUCGAAUCGUCCCGCUUCUGUUGACUGCGUAGUAUUCCGAGUAGCACAUCUGGAAACGGGCGAUUUUUGGGUUUUUGAUAAAAUUAAUGAGUUUUAGGAGCUUUAGGAUUGAACUGAGCCCGCAAAAAAAAAAACGAAGAAGAUAAAGAUCGGGGCUUAGAUUUUUAGCACUUAAAGCUCAAAAGCUCCCUAUUAGAGCCUCUCAAUUUCCUUCAAAAAACCCUUACUUAUUCAGUUUUUCCCAUGGAAAUGCUCCUUCGCAGUCCGUAACAAUUAUCGACUAGCAUGUCCCCUAUAGGGACCACUUUUGCAAGUCUUAGUGGCCCCUAAAGGGGUCGGUAACUAGAGGAGACCCUCCAAGAGCCCUAGGGUUGCCCCUACAGGGACCACUCUAGAGAUCCUAAGGUCUGCACCCUAUUUUCCUUCUUGGUAUUUUUUGAAUCUAGCGAAAAAUAGGACAAGCUGGGAAAAAGGAAAGUUUUGUUUUUCUAAAUAAAUUGGAACAACUAUGACCGACGUAUUGCUCAGGCUACACAGAAAUUUUGAUAUAUAAUUUUUUCUAGAUUUUACGAAUUCUGUAUGUCAUUCGUCUCCUUUAGACAACACAAAACAGAGAUGAAAAGCUGUUGGUCAUGCAAUAUUCACACAUGAAAUAUCUGUACAUCAAAAAAGAGCUUCUGAGGAAGGUUGAAUUUAAUAUUGAACAAGAUAAUCGUGAAACAAUCGGAAAAGUAAUGUAUUAGUUGACUUUUAAAAACUGCAUGAAACGUAUUUUAAACUGGAAUUUUUCAAAUGCCGAUUUUAAAAUGACGCGUUAUUUGUUUAAAUUGUUUAAAAUGAUGUCGUGAAUUUCAAAACGAAACACCGUGGUCGCACUUGGAAUGGCUGAGAGCGUCGCGAAACUCGUUUCAAUUCGGACGCGUUCCGAAGCAGCCUCUGAGCGUCGAGCCAUUCCAAUUGCGACCAUUUUCUUCCUAAUAGUUUUAUAGAGCUCAAUUUUCAGACACCCGGAAACAUGCUUUCUUUCCCCUCAUUUUGUCCAAAUGACAUUUGAUAUUCGCAUUUUUCAUUCAUGCCCCGUUAUAAGUGGAAUAGACACGCGAACGCCCUCGCUAAUUUCCGUUUUGUCCUCCCCAGGCAGGAUAAUUUUAUUUUUGGCUAUCAGUUCGAAAGGCUCAAGAGUCCAUUAUCAUGACGGGAAAUGGGAAAAUUGAGAUUUUUUUUUCAAUGGAAGCUUGGAAAUUGAAAAAAAAAACAGAGAGAACAGAUGUUCCUGUGAAGUUUUGGAGGCAACUUGAUGAUUUUCCGAAUUUUUAAUUUUUAUGACAGCUUUUUCGAAUUUAUCCAUAGCUUCAUUUGUGACUCAAAAAAAUCAAAAAAAGAGAAAUUUUUCAAAUUUAUAACCUAUUUUUGAACAAAUGCGAUCUCGAAUUUUUUUGAUUAAUGAGCUCAAAAAAAUUCAAUUUGGGUAGUCAAAGUUUGAAUUAAAAAGACUUUUUUUGUUGAAAAACUUUAAAAUUUAAAGAUUUUAUUUUUUUAAGAAAGACGCCAUAAAUCUACCAAUCAAGUCAUGAAGUUUGGAAACCCCCCUCAAAAAAACAGAGUAAAGAGCCAUUGUAAUCUUUGUUUUUGAGUCAAACAUUCCCCUUUCCCCCUAAGUAAUAAUCUCCUCAAAAAUCUCCUGUUUUCCCCUCUUUUUUUGACUUUUUGCAAAUCCUCUCUUCGAAAAAAAAAAUUAGAUUGCAACCUGAAAAAAAAAAUCUCAAAAAUCACUCAAGCAAAACAAAUUUCUUUCCCGAAUCUCCUGGUUAUUCGAGUGAAAAAUGAAUUUUUUCACGUGAAAAAGUUUGAAAAUUGCGAAAUCAAGGAUUAGUUUCAAGUCAGUGGGGACUUUCCUUAUGAAAAUUGAAUGGAAAAAAAAACGUGACUCAGUUUUUUGAUGUGUCAGGAAAUUCAAAAAGGAUCAAGGAAUUUUUUUGAGAGGAGAUUAGCGAGAUAGUGUGCGGAAUAGAGAGGGUUUAAAAACAAUUUUUCGAAAAAAAGCAUUUUUUGUCGAAAAUUUCCGGAAAACCUACACUAAUCUUUGUUUCAAUGGAUUUUAAGCCUUUUUGAGGAUUAUACGUAGUUUGAUGCUUUUUCUGUACUUUUGGAGUUUAAUUUUGAAAAUUGGAAAAAGCUGAUUUUUCUGAUUUUUUCUAACGACAAGAUGACAAUGAAUUUAGUAUACUGAUUCCGGAUUUUUAAAUUCAAAAAAAUUAGCAUUGAAAACCUGCAUUUUUUUCCCUUUUUUUAAAGUGUAACUUUAGUUCCCCCCCUGUUAUAUUUAUAAAAAAAAGAAACCUCGCCUGAAAAUUUCCAUCCCCAACCCGAGAAAAAAGAAGAAAAAAAAGUGGGCGAGGGAGGAAAAAUAUAUAUCAUUUUAAUAAAUAUAUUCAAUGCAAAUUAGGAUGUGUCGAGCCAAGAAUGAAAAGCGUUAUUUUUGUGUUAUAAUAUGCGCCUUUGCUAGUAUUAUUUUUGUUUAUGACAAGGGGAAUUUUUGGUGAUCACGAUGGCAACCGACAACUUCUUGCAAGGGUUUUCGCAAAAAUUGGUUCGGAAUUUGAGCUUUUCCUUGUUAGGAAAGGUUCAUCUGUAAAGCUUGAAAGUCAUUUAUUAAAUUGAAAAUAUCAAAUUCAAUCAGUGAAAAAAUUUUUUUUGUGAAGAAAUGAUUGAAAAAUGGACAAAAUUUUUGGGUCAUCGACUAGAUUUUGAAAGCGCAUUGCCUCUUUUUUCUAUCCUGGUUUUUUUUAUUUUCGAAAAAAAAAGUAUCUUUAAGCCAAGGUAGGGAAUUCAGAGAUGAAAAAGAAAACUUGCAAAAAGUCUGGUUUCUCUGCGUCUCCUCUUCUCUCGACGCUCUCAUUUUUCUGUGCUACUUAGGAAUUCCAAAGUGGUCCCUAUAGGGGCCGGAAAAUUGGUCCCUAUAGGCGAAAAAUAAGGUAGUCCCUAUAGGGGUUUUAGGUCUGACCCCUUAACCCUUAAAGCUCAAGGAGUCCCUAUAGGGGUCCUUAAACUAUAUUCAAAAACCGCUCAAUUAUUCAAUUUUUCGCAAAAAGUUCGACCAGCAUGCCCCCUAUAGGGACCACUUUUGCAAGCUUUUGUGGUCCCUAUAGGGGUUGCUAAAGUGGUCCCUAGAGUGGACCCUUCAAGGUCCCCUAAGGUUGCCUCUAUAGAGACCACUCUGAUCCUAAGUCCUUUCAUGUUUCUAUGACCUGAACGAGAAAAAGAGGGCACAGACAGGUCAGAUGGUUUUUAGUGUUGAAUUCGAUUAAAUCUUAACCUAUAGAAAGGUCAUGGCGUUCCAAAAGAAGGAUACGUUGCUCAUAAUUGCCCUCUUUUCUCCGGCUUUUCCCAUUAUUAUUAUUAUUAUUUUCCCCCCUGCAAAAUGUACACUCAGCAAGCUGAGAAGAUAAGACGGGAUCAGGUUUUUGAGCCCUGGAUUCUGACUGAUUAUCGAGGAAAUUUAAUAAAUUGAAGUUGCCGGCACCUGCAGCCAUGGAUUAGGUUAUCAUGUCCGCGAUGAUUGAAUUUUCAAAUUUUUUAGAAAUGAUCAAGCUUGGUUUGGUUUUAAUGGAUAACUUCCGGGAAAAUGGUUCAAAUGAGAUUUGAGGAGAAUUGGAAGAAAAAGGGAAAUCAAAUUCAUCCUUGCAGAAAAAAAGGAGUUUUUUCUGAAUUUUUUGGAUUUUUUCCUUCAAGUUUACACUGUUUAGAAGGAUAGUAAUUUUUUUAAGUUGAAAAAAAUACACUGAUUUGUCGGAAUAAUUAGCAAAAAAAGGGGAUUUCAGGUUGCUAAUAAUAAGGCUUACUCAUAGCCUAACUAUUUUUUUCUCUUUAUUAUUUUUUUCGAAUUUCCAGGCGAAAAUAGAAAAAUUUUGACCAUAGAAGAAGUGGAAAAAAAUCCCAGGAUUACUCAUAAUCUAACUUUUCUCUGCUUUUCCUGUCUCAAAUUUUACGUAAUAGAAGAAAAAAGUGAAUGAAUAGGAGCCGUUUUUUUUUUACUAGGAAAGGCAGAAUUUUCAGAAUUGAGGAAAGUGGCUCAUAAUAACAAGAGGAUAACUCAUAAUAUAACCUUUUUUCUAUUCAUUCUUUUUCGAUCUCAGAUUUUACGUCAUAGGAACAAAAAAUUAAUUGAGAAAGAUUCUUACUAACAAGGAAAGUCGUUCUACUUAACGAUUGGGGGUUCUCUGAAAAUUGGCCAGAACACUCCUUGAUGUUCCAGGUAAAGAUUCUGGAAGUACCAACCUUCAACUUUCUAGUUUUUCAAGAAAUAAGGGCCCAAAAUAGUCGAUUUUUAAGCAUUUUGAAGGUUUUUCUUAACUUUGACUCGACGCCAAAAGAUCGCCACAACUCUUUCUCUGACACACACUAUUUCGUCGUUAUCUAGCUGCAAGAAAACGCCGAAAUAGUGUAAGUCAGAGAAAGAAUAGUGGCGAUUUUUUGGCGCCGAGUCAAAGUCAAGAAAAACCCUCAAAAUCUUAAAAAUUGACUAUUUUGGGUCCUUAUUUCUUGAAAACUAGAAAUUUGCAGGUUGGGACUUUCAGAACCUUUAUCUGGUACACCAAGGAGUCUUCUGGCCAAUUUUCAGAAAACCGCAACCGUUAAGUAAAAAGACCUUCCUUGUUAGUAAGAAAAUCUUCUUCAAUUCAUUCUUUUUUCUUUCCUAUUACGUAAAAUCUGAGAUAAAUAUACUAAAAAAAGGGAGAAUAUAAAAAAAAAGGUCAGAUUAUGAGUUAUCCUCUUGUUAUUAUGAACAAUUUUUUUCUCAAUUCUGAAAAAUUCUACCUUUCCUAGUAGAAAAAAACGGCUCUUAUUCAUUCAAUUCUUUUUCUAUUACGUAAAAUUGGAGACUGGAAAAGCAGAAGGAGAAAAAUGAAGAUAGAUUAUCUUUUGGCGCCGAGUCAAAGUCAAGGAAAACCCUAAAAAUCUUUGAAAAUAGUAUUUUGGGCCCUUGUCCUUGGAAAACUAGAAAGUUGAAGGUUGGGACUUUCAGAACCUUUAUCUGGUACAUCAAGGAGAGUUCUGGCCAAAUUUCAAGAAAUUCCCAACCGCAAAGUGGAAUGACCAGGAACAAAGGUUCAUAAUACCUCAUCUUUAUUUUCGGCUCUAGUACUCCUAUCUCAAAUUUUCCGCGUGCACCCGCAAAAAGAAAGAUGAAAAAGGCCACUAAUGUGACUAAAUUGUUGAGGGAUUGUGGCCCCUCCCGCGCAACAUUUCCUAUUUUUUCCUGACCAAGGUUUUAUUUUCGAGAGAAACGACGCAACUUUGAAGGGAAACGUGAGCUUGAUGGGUUAUGCAUUGCGAAUAUGUGCCCCCCAGUAUUGUCACACGACUUUUUUUAGACACUUUUUCUGCUUUUUGAAUGACGUCGGGUUCAUUUUGCUAACGAGGGCCAUGGGAAACAUGACUCUUUCCUAGGCGUCACAAGGAAAAGCGAUGCUUUUUAAACAGAAUCAAAUUGAUCAGAGGAGUUCAGAGAUGAGAAAUUAGUAAGAGGCUUUGAGGUUCCAAAAUAUGUGAAAAUAAGCUCAAGGAUGGUCCCGACAGUACCGAAGUUUCAUUGGAAUUUUGAAGAAAAGAGAAAAAUUUGAUACGUUUAACGUUGGGAUUGAAAAAGAUGAAUGUUCGUUUUUAAAAUCUUACUAGCGAACAUUUUUUUAGGGAGUUUUUAAUGAAGGGCGGGGGGUUAAAAAUCUUUCCUAAGUAAUGAUCCUCUACACAUUUUUGGUUUCCCCACUUUUCAUUUGGAAUUUUUCAAAGGCUAUUCACCUUUUUAAUAACCACUUUAACGUCUAGGAAUUUGAAAAAAAUAGUUUUUCUCAGUAAAUCUAAGAUAAAAAGCUAGGUAAAAAAAGUAAGAAAGAUUAAUAAUUAUGAACGAAAUGGUAGGUUAAUCCGUUCAUAGAAAAAUACCAAUUUCGUGACGCAUUCAAAAUAAUUACACAUAAUACAAUGUACAAGAAUUGAAGAAAAGUCAAAAAAAAAAAAACUAUUUUUGAAAUUAAAAUAGAUUAUGGUCUCUCUGUGCUCUCUUAACUCUAGAGAGAAUGAAAAUUGAGGAAAAUGAUAGGUCAAGAGAGCGCAGACAGGCUAGACGGUGUCAAGACCAGAGUGCACUCUCUUAUUUCUGCGAAAUGAUGAAAAACGAGAUAUUGAGAGGGCGCAGACAGGCUAGACGAGCCCUCAUGAAAAAAUCAUUCAUCAAAUUUGAAAAACGCUGACCUGUCUGCACUCUCUUUCCGCUGCGAAAUUAUGAAAAACGAGAGAUUGAGAGGGCACAGACAAGCCAGACUGUUUUUAAUAAUCAGGAAUGAACAAAAAAAAAUCCCCACCAUGUCCGGACCGCAUUCCGUUUUGCGAUGAGGCGUCGGAUAGGACGAAUCGUAGCAUUUCAAUGCGAAUGACCCCGAUAUGAACACGCUGAUCAUGACGAUCAUCGACGGAAGCUGUUUCAGACUGGUGCCUGUCAUCGGCGACGCCGUCGUCCUUUGAGAAAGACUCGUUGCUCCGCAGCAGCAACAGGCGAGCUUUUUUUUCCGAAGCACAAUGAGAUGAUGAAAGGGGGCGUGGCUUGGGGCUCGCCAAGUCUCGCUUUUGGAAGCCUGAAGGGCCACGCCCCCGCCCCCCUUCGUUUUGGCUGGCUUCUGGUCUGGCUAUCUUCAGGAUUAUUAUUAUUUUUUUGAUUGUUGUCCUUUUGAUGGGGAUCUAGUACAUAGGGAAAUGAAAAAUAAGAGGAAUUUUUGAGGGGAUUUUUUUGUGAUAUUUGAAUUUUUUUGUAGAAAAAUUUUUUUGGUUAAAUGAAUGGAAAAAAAGAUUUUUUUAUUCCUAUGAAAAUAUUUUUUUAGGGAGGUUAUAAAGGUAAUUUUUUUAAAUGGAAUUUGAAAAAAAUUUCAAAAUUUGACUACAGUUUUUUUAGUGAGAAAGUAAUUUUUUUGUCUUUUUUUCUCAGAAGUUCAAAAAAACUCCCUUUUUACAACUAAACUUCAAGAAGAUCUGCGAAAAAGUUCAUUCAUUUUUCAAAGAUUAAGGAAUUUUUUUGUUGGAGGGAUUAGUAGUUUUUUUGAAAAUCUCGGAAGUAAUCUCACUUUUUUUCACUUUUUUUCCUAUUUUAAUAAUUCAAAGAUCGGAGAAUCCUUACAAAAAAAUGUAUUUUUAAAAAAACGUUUUUCUUUAUUGCACUUUUUUUAUUCUCACUUAUUUUUAAGCCCUGCAAAAUUAGUCGCUUUUUCUGGAUUUUUCAAAAAAAAUGGAGAUCAAAGGAAGGGCAUUUUUGAAGAAGCCUAAGGAAAAAUUUCAGACAUGUGCUCUUUAUUUUUCCUCUUUUAAAUGAGCUUAUUCACCUCCGUUUUUUUAGUUUUUUAAAAAAAUCUUAAAAAGGAUCGGAAGAGGAAAAAAAUUAGAACAAGCCUACAAAACUUUGAAAGAUACUUUUGUUUUCUCAACUUUAGCCAUGCUUUUUCCAUUUCAAAUUGUAAAAUAUACCUCCUUCUCCAAAGUUUUUAAAACUCUCCAAGGCCAGAGAACUUGAAAAAACCUGCAAAAAUUAAAAAAAAAAGAUUUUUCUCCAUUUUCGCCGCACACUUUUGACUUUUCCUUAUUAUCAAAGUUUUUUUUGAUUUACAAGCUCCCCAAGAGAAUUUCAAAAGAAGGACUUACCAAAUUUUUGAAGCUGUGUACUUUUACGGUCUUUGGUCCUCUUUUCAAUUCUCUCCUUGCCCCCAAUGAAACUCUUCCAAAUGAAAAACUUCCGCCCAAAUGAGCAAACGUCAUUUUUCUAUUUGCUGUUUUUUUCAGGGACGAAACCAGUACGUCGGCCGCUUUUUGA